AUGGCAACCAUCGAUAAGGAAUAAGUCGACAUGGAUAAUCCAGCAUUCGCAUAAUAAGAUCCCCAUCUCAAAAUAAAUGACGAUGAUGAUAUGGGAUUGCCACCUUAAUUUAGAAAUCGUUACCCAAGAAGACCACCUCUGUUUGAUGGCCUAUUGAACAACGUUAGAGCUGUUACUAAGAAAGUAGAACACAUUAAAGGCUUUAAAUUUGAAGUUGCGGGAGGAUUGUCAAAUAAUUUUCAUUUGGCCCAUUCUUGGUUGAUACCACCAUCAAACAAAGGCAAAGCUCCAAACCCUAAUCCUAUGAAACAACCACCUGUUCCAAGUUAUACUUUGGCUGCGUAAUAUUUGGGUGGCUCUCUUAAAACCCCUUUCGAUCAACCGACAUAUAUCAUGACAGGAAGGUGGGAUUCAACUGGCAAAUUAGAGGCUGCUAUAAUCAAGAAGCUCAACGAAAUGUUCAACUUCAGAUUUAGUGCAUUCUAUUUAAAUUCUGAUCCUUUGAAUGCUUAAGUGCAUUUAGAUUGCGAUAUAACAGGGGAGGAUUACGUUCAUUCAAUUAAGCUUGGCACAGGAUCUCUAUAGUUUCAAUAUGAUGCAAACCAUAGGAAACAGACUCGUAUUAGGAUAUGA